AUGGAUCAUGCACCGUCUCUUUUGUCCCAAGCGGAAAAAUCGGUAGUGAGGCGUGUGACCAGAUUAGUAAAGGCAGCCAUACAGGAAGAUACCAAUGCAACAGCCUCUAAUGGGACCUCCAAGUGGGUGGACAGCUACAAGAGCCUUUUAACCAUCAAAAAAGCUUUGGAUGAACGAGCUAAACAGCCAGGAGCCAAGGUCUACGACUUUCGUAUGUUCGAUCUCGUCAUUGGGAAUUCGAAGCCUACAAGAUCAAAAGGCGAAAAGAGCAUUAUUCCACCAAUUGUACAAGACGCCUACAAUCUUAUCCAUACGCUUGAGGGGAAAUCGAAAGAAGUGGGCGAUUCAUCGAAUAUAAAAUUCUUAAGCCCUCGAUUUGCUCCCAUAAUGCCGGACAAAGCUGAUAUUAGAGGUUCAUUAUCCCCAUCCAUACUGUCAUUCUAUAAAGAUGAUACGGAGGAACAGUUGUUGCCGAUCCCAAAGCUGCUUGACGCGACUGGAAUGAACGAGAGUGAUCGUGAAGAUGUGCUGGAAACCGUCAUGGAAAUGACUGGAGCUCGUCAGAUCAUCGACGAUGCUAUGAAGACGCUAUCGAGUACAGAACUCUUCGGAAUGCAAGGCGAACUUCAAGAAGUCACCAACAGACUAACGAAAAUAUUCACAAACCUAGAGAAAACGUUUAACCGAAAGCAAAAGAAGGACAUGAAAAAGCGUGGCUUCACGUUUCUGGAGACGAAUCAACUGGAAGAAUUACACGGAGAGCAAGGUCUCGCAAAACAUGCCAACGACAUGGAUUUUAACAUCCAAGAAUAUGGUAAUCAAACACGUGCGGAGCGUGAGGACUCGUUAUGGCUGCGUAUCGCUGAGAUUGCCGCCAAUGGAACAAAAACUCGCACAAAACGGCAGAUCACGUGGUUGUCAGUGUUGAAACCGACCGUUCUAUCACCGUAUAUGUUCUCGCCGGUGUUUGGACUUACUGUACUUGGUCCAUGUGUUCUAUCGCCGUCGCUGUUCUCCCCGUUGCUCCUGAAUCCAGCCGUUCUCUCACCCUAUGUGCUGUCUCCAGCCGUCGGCAUGCCGUUCAUCCUAUCACCGUACCUUCUAUCACCAUACGUCCUAUCACCGUUGGUGAUGGCACCGUUUAUACUUAAUCCUUACGUACUCUCUCCUAAUGUUAUUAAUCCGUACGUGCUUUCACCGUUGAUACUCAGUCCACUUGUUUUAUGUCCUGAUGUGGUGUCACCGAUGAUCUUUGUCCCACCAUUUCUCAAGGAUGCAUUCGAUAUAGUGAAUUCAUUCAACGGUGCCAAAAAUGCCCGUAUCCUAAGUCCACGUUUUGCCCCACUUCUACCGGAUAAAACCACUAAAGGAUUUCUGUCACCGUCACUAUUUCCAUUUUAUAAGGAUGAAACUGAACAACAAAUCAUGCCAGUUCCAAAGCUGCUCGAAAACGCUGGUCUCAACGAGAAAGAUCGAGAACGUGUACUUGAAAUGGUGAUGGAGGUAUCCGGAGCUCGUGAUACGGUCGACAAAGCUAUGAAGGUAUUGCAACACAUGAGCUCGAUGGGAAUGGAUGAGAAACUUUUCGACGUAAACGAGAAGAUUGGAAAGGCCUUUGAACAAUUGCGCUCAUCAUUUACUCCUAAUCAAAACAAAGAUAUGGAGAGCAAAGGAUUUACCUUCAUGGAGCCGGAACAGAUGCAGAAACUACAUCGAGAUCAAAUCCAGUAUGAACCAGCAAUACUACAUGAAAUGAAAAAAUACAAAGGACUUUCACGUAGAGAACGACAUGAAAUUCUCUGGGAAACCGUGGCUGAAGUAGCGGCGCCGGAGCAAAAGAGAAUUCCAGCCAAUUGUUGUCCUGAAGCCGACCGUUCUAAGUCCCUAUCAAUUCGCACCCGUUUAUGGGUUUAG